AAGACAAUAAAUAAAGCACGUACUUCGUACGUAGAUACACCCUUCAGUUAUGUCGGCAAUGGCAAAAAACAACGGCAACGGUGCGGUGCGUAGCAUGAUGCAGCAGCACGCGGACGGCCCUGCGGCUAUGCUCGCCAUCGGCACUGCGAACCCGACUGGCAUGGUUCUGCCCCAGGACGAGUUCGUUGACGACAUCUUCCGCUUGACCAACAGCGACCACCUUACUGAACUCAAACAAAAGCUAAAGAGAAUCUGCCAAAAAACUGGCAUCGACAAAAGGUACUUCCACCUGACUCCGGAAUCAAUUGUUGCCCACCCGGAGUUCUUCGACAGAGAACUGCCAUCCCUCGACGCUCGCGUCGACAUGGUUGCCACCGCUGUCCCAGAGCUCGCACACUCGGCCGCGAUCAAGGCAAUCGCCGAGUGGGGCCGCCCAGCUACCGACAUCACCCACCUCGUCUUCAGCACCUACUCCGCCUGCCAGGCUCCGAGCGCCGACCUCCGGCUGGCCUCGCUCCUUGGUCUCCGUCCGACGGUCAGCCGCACCAUCCUCAGCCUCCACGGCUGCUACGGCGGUGGCAGGGCGCUCAACCUGGCCAAGCAGCUCGCCGAAAACAACCGCGGCGCGCGCGUCCUCGUGGCCAGCUGCGAGACGACCCUGGUCUGCUUCGGCCGCGCCGACGGGAGCAACCUCGUCGGCCACGCCUUGUUCGGCGACGGCGCCGGCGUCGUCAUCGUCGGCGCCGGCCCCUUCAGUGAAACCGAACGCCCGCUGUUCGAGAUGGUCUCCGCCACCCAAACCACGAUUCCGAAGAGCGACCAUGUGCUCGGCAUGCAGGUCUCGGGAGCCGGCGUAGACUUCCACCUCGGCAUCCAGGUGCCGACGCUGAUCGCCCAGAACAUCGAGCAGUGCCUCAUCUGCAUCCUCAUCAAAUUGAGAGAAAACAAUUCCUACAUCGGGGAAGCGAAUCCCAAACCUAGCCCGCACAUGAACAAGGUGGCGGCGGCCGCCUCGGCUCGUCUUACUCCGGUGGCUCUCGACGAGGAGGCCGAGGCGCUGCGCUGCAGGUCCAAACUCGAGAGCGAUCCCUUGCUCAUGCACGACGCGGCCGUACGUCCUGGCCGUAGCCCAGGCAAAGGAGUUCAUCCUCCAUGCUCCUGGAACGACCUCUUCUGGGCAGUGCACCCUGGUGGCCGCUCGAUCCUGGAUAACUUAGACACGGUGCUCAACCUGGAGCCGGAGAAGUUGGCGGCCAGCCGACAUGUGCUCCGCGAGUACGGCAACAUGAGCGGCGCAACCAUCGUCUUCGUGCUUGAUGAGCUGCGCCGCCGUAAGAAGGAGGGUCUGCUGCCGGAGUGGGGUGCGAUGCUGGCUUUCGGACCAGGAAUCACAAUCGAGGCCAUGGUGCUGCGCACACCCUCUCCCAACAAGAAAUGGUAACACCACUAUACUACUCAUACGUUUGCGUGUGUGAACGUCUGUGAAAACGCACUUGUUCGUCAUGUCAAACAAGCAAUCCAUGUCCAGCACCUCCAGCACCCCGGCCGUGAGUACUCAAAUAACUAUUACGUCCUUAACUACCAGCUGGGUAAUAAAAUCCAGGGUGUGUAUAAUUGAAUAUUGUACUAGUACAUGUACUCAACUCUAUUGUCUUUCCAAGUGUUUGUGUGUUUGUGAGUAUGUAUGUGUGUGUGGUUUUUCCAAGUGUUAUAAA